AUGAAAUUAAUAUUUACUAUUUUGUUUUGGUUGAUUGGCUCUGUAAUUGCUGGUGAAUUAACAGAUUUGAAAAUUGAAAUUACCAAAGAGAUUCCGGAAUCAGAAUGUAAAAUUAAAGCUACAAGCGGAGAUUUAGUGUCUGUUCAUUACACUGGUAGAUUAUUGAGUGAUGAUAAAGUAUUUGAUUCUUCUUUUCAAAGAAAUAAACCAAUUGACUUUGUGUUGGGUCGUGGUUACGUUAUCUCUGGUUGGGACAAGGGUGUUAACGGAAUGUGUAUUGGUGAAGAACGUACUUUGUACAUUCCAAGUGAUAUGGGCUAUGGUGCCCGUGGAGCAGGUGGCGUUAUUCCUCCAAAUGCUGAUUUGAUUUUUGAAACCAAGUUGGUUGAUAUUCAAAGACAAGAUGAAUUGUGA